UUACACACAGAACCAGUGUCUGUGACGAAAAGAGAGGAAACAGUUCAACUACCACUUACACACAGAACCUGUGUCUGUGACGAAAAGAGAGGAAACAGUUCAACUACCACAGACACACAGAAAGUGGGUUAUUUCAUGGGAAUCCUCACGCGUACCAUGGACAAUGCUGGUUUCACAGAGCAAGAUAUGGAGAGCAGUCUCCCCGGCUCGUCCGAGAUUACACUCAAGACGUCACUCAGACAUGUGUCUACCGGAGUCUACUCAGACGAGUCAACUUACACGUCAGCCACAGAGUCGCACGCGUCAUACGGCGGCGCUUCGUCAAGUGUCGGCACAAGCAGGGCAGGGAUCGACAACGUCGGGUUCUCCGACACGGAUCUCGAAAGUAGUCUGGCUGGUUCGUCGGAAGUGACUAUGAAAAACUACUUCCGUUAUGUGCCCCCAAGUAUCGUGUCCGACACCACUUCCGGCAGCGAGUCCCAUGACGACGCUGGGUCAAGCGUCGGUGCGUCCAGCGUCGACACGAAGAUGUCUGUGGAAACUGUUCAGCCAUAUGCUGUGUCCAAUGCCCUUUGUUUGACAGUCGAUAUCAGUCAGUCAGCCAUAGAUUCCGCCUAUCACAACCCGUAUGCUCAUGCUUAUGCUGUGAGUAAGAUUGAAGACGAGACUGCCGCUCAAGGAGGUGAGGCACCUGGCUCUCCAGGGGCGACGUCUAUCGCGCCCCGUCCUCAGUCCCCGACGUCUGACAUGUCGGCCAGGACUCCAAAGGUGUCUUCUCAUGGCGUCUUCACGCGACAACUUAACAUGUUCAUAGGCGAGGAGUGGGAAGAUGUUCAACCAAGAUGGUCGAUAGAACGGAAGGCACUCAGCUGUCCUGGAAGUCUGAGGAUACCUCACGGUGCAGCUCAUCCAACGAGAAUGACGUUCAAACACGAACACAGUGACCGUCAGAGACUGGAGUACCUACAGAACAGGCGACAACAGUUGUCACAUGACCCCCUACGGUAUUUCUUCUACCAUAUGUCACACGAGGAGCCGGUCCUACAGAAAGAUUACAUGAUCAAACCGAAUCCCCACAACAACUUCAACCACAUGAUCCACAGCGCUCUCCACUGUCCCUGCUUUUUCUUCUUCUACCUUCUCUGUUGUCUUCCCGGCGUGCACCUGAUGACGAAGGGCGACAUCGAGUACAAGACAGGUCACGAAGACCGCGCGAGGAAGUUUGGACGCGUCGCCACUGUGUUGUACAUUUUAGGUUUCAUAGUAGGAACCACACUUCUCGGCACUGUUGUCUACCUGGCUGUUAGCUUCGUACAAGGCCAAGUCGGAUAGGGGCAAUGUCAUCUAGGAAAGUGUCAAGGUCACCUAUGAUAGGGUCAAGGUCUUGCAGAUAUUGCUUAAAAUAUUAUGACUAUUCAGUAUAUUGAAUCUGAAUUCUAAAUUAUCUAAGCAAUACCAGUACCAGUGAGUGAUGUGUAAAAUCCAUGUACAUGUAUGGUCCCGCCAAACGUGAAAGUACGCACUGCUAAACGUUGAAUUUUAUAUCGUUGCAAUUUAAACACGGGGUGUUAUCACUUUACAAACAGCUCAAAGGUGUGCAUGUCAAAUAGAAGUUUACGGCGUUACACUUUAUAUCAGACGGACUUUGAUAAUAUGAAAGAUAAUUUUGAACCAGCACGCCCCAACCACCACAGAACUACCUACACCAGGUGAAAGGAGCAGAGCCAGGUUCGAGUAUGAUCCGUAUAGACGGAAAAUAACUGAAGCGACCAAGAAGAAAAGUCAUGAAGUGGUCUCUAUUUAUAAGUUCUGCUGUGUGAACAUUUAAAUAAAAUAUUGACAAUGAGUGAUCUCUAUCGUCAGGUUGUAGUGCAUUGGUGGUCUUAAUUGUCAGAUUCUACUGUAUUGACAGGUUGGGGUCUAUAUUGUCAGGUUCUACUGCAUUGACAUAGGGUGGUCUAUAUUAUCAGGUUCUACUGCAUUGACAUAGGGUGGUCUAUAUUGUCAGGUUCUACUGUAUUGGUGGUCUACAUUGUCAGGUUGUAGUGCAUUGGUGGUCUAUAUUGUCAGGUUCUACUGCAUUGACAUAGGGUGAUCUAUAUUGUCAGGUUCUACUGCAUUGACAACUGGUGGUCUAUAUUGUCAGGUUGUAGUGCAUUGGUGGUCUCUAUUGUCAGGUUCUACUGUAUUGACAUAGGGUGGUCUCUAUUGUCAGGUUCUACUGCAUUGACAUAGGGUGGUCUCUAUUAUCAGGUUCUACUGUAUUGACAUCGGGUGGUCUACAUUGUCAGGUUCUACUGUAUUGACAUCGGGUGGUCUCUAUUGUCAGGUUCUACUGUAUUGGUGGUCUCUAUUGUCAGGUUCUACUGCACUGACAUAGGGUGGUCUCUUAUUAUCAGGUUAUACUGUAUUGACAUCGGGUGGUCUACAUUGUCAGGUUCUACUGUAUUGACAUCGGGUGGUCUACAUCGUCAGGUUCUACUGUAUUGACAUCGGGUGGUCUACAUUGUCAGGUUGUAGUGCAUUGGUGGUCUUAAUUGUCAGAUUCUACUAUAUUGACAUAGGGUGGUCUCUAUUGUCAGGUUCUACUGCAUUGACAUAGGGUGGUCUCUAUUGUCAGGUUCUACUGUAUUAACAUCGGGUGGUCUACUGCAUUGACAUAGGGUGGUCUAUAUUGUCAGGUUGUAGUGCAUUGGUGGUCUCUAUUGUCAGGUUCUACUGUAUUGACAUUUGGUUGUCUAUAUGGUCAGGUUCUACCUUGUUGA